CCACCGAUGCAGCAGAGGAUGCUCUUUUUCCCCCGUCUGGAGGAACAUAGGGGAAUUGGAGAAGCGAAGAGAAAAUCCUAGAAGGGCCAGGCUGGAAGGGGAUCCAAGGGGUCAUCCAGUCGGACCCCGAGCAAGGCAUGAACCUCAUGAGAGAUUAAUAAUAAUAAUAAUAUACCACCCUAUACCCGGGAAAUAACCCUAGAAUGGCGGAGGCGGAAGCGGGUCAGACUAGAUGACCCCAUCGACCCAUUCUCCUCUCUCUUUCUUUCUCCUCUCUCUGUACUCUCUCUUCCCCCCUCUUUCUCUCGUCUCCAUUCAUCUGUCUCUUUCCCCAUCCCUCUCUUCUCUCUCUCUCUCUCUUUCUUUUUCUCCUUCCUUUCUUUUCUUUCUUCUCCUUUCUUUCUUUUUUUCUCUCUUUUCUUUCUUUCUUUCUUUCUUUCUUUCUUUCUCCUCUCUAUUUUUUCUCUCUUCCCCUCCUCUUUUUCUCCUCUCUUUCUUCCUCCUUCCCUCUUUCCUCCAUCCCUCUCUUCUCUCUCUUCCCUUCCUUCCUUUCCCUUCUCUUCCUUUCUCCUCCUCUCUCUUUCCCCAUCCCUCUCUUCUCCCUCAUCUCUCCCUCUCAUUCUCCUCUUUCUUUCUCGUCUCCCUCUCUCUCUUCCCCCCUACUCUUUCUGUCUCCCCGCCCCCCCCUUUCUGCGCUUUGAGGGCGAUUUCCCUUUAUUUUGGAGAAAAAUUUGCUUUUUUCUUCCGGAUUCUCAUUUCCUUUAUUUUUGGGGUUCUCCCCCCCAAAACUGCUCUUCCUAUCACGUGAUUCCUUCUCCGUCCCUCCCUCCCUCCUCCUUUCGGAAAGGCGGAGCGCGGAGCAUCCUCUGCAGCGGCCGCCGGGCCAAACAGAGGCGAGGGCCUCCCUGCGCCCCCCCCCCCAGGAGCGGAUCCCACCCCCUCCCCGGCGCCCCCCGAGCGCGGAUUUCGAGGCCUGCGCGCCCUUCCCCCCGAAAACGCGCAUUUUUACGCAUCCAGACGGAUCCGCCGGCGACCCCCGCCCUACGCCACCCUCCAGGUGCGCAUCGUCCACCGGCGCCCCCCAAGUGCGGGUAUUUGUGCCCCCUCCCAAAAGGCAUCGGGACACCCCCCCCCCCCCGCGGAUUGGGCCCGAGUGAGGAUUUCGCGGCCUGGCUGCGCCCCCCGAGAGCGCAUUUCGCCGCCGGAGGGAUCCAAGGAUCCGGCCUCGUCCUCCUCCACUCCUCCCCCCGAGACCGGAUUCCACCUUUUCCCGGAGGUCGGCGCAUUUCCCGCUCUACAGCCUUCGGGAGCGCAACUUCCACUUUGUCGGAUCCGUCCGUGGGCCCGCCAAUCUCGCCUGUACCCCCCCCCCCCGAAAGCGCAUUUUCCCACGCUACGCGCAGACUCUCCUCCUGCAAAGGCGCAUCUCCUCUCCAAAGGCGGGAUCCUCUCCUUGGCGCAUUUCCACGUCGGCGCGCAGCUUCUCCUCCUCGGAUCCGGCCCCGGUCCCGCCAUCCUCGCCUGCACCCCCCGAAGGCGCAUUUCCCACGUUGCGCGCAGAUUCCAUUGGGGGGGUCUGUCCUCCUCCAAAAGCAGGACCUUCGGGCGGCUUCUCCUGGGCGCAUUUCCACGUUGGCGCGCAGCUUCUCCUCCUCGGAUCCGUCCCUGGUCCCGCCGUCCUCGCCUGCGCAUUUCCCACCUUUGGGCGACUUUCCCCCCAGCGCAUCCUUCCCGUGGGCCGGAGCGUCUCCAUUCGCGGCCUGUGGCCCAGACAGCGUAUUUCCCGCCUUUGGGCGCGCAGCCUUUCCUCGCAUCAGUCCUUCCCGUUGGACUGCGCGCCCGCCCAUCCUCGCCUGCGCGCCCGACGGCGCAUUUUCCUUCUGACCGUCUCCAAAAAGCGCAUUUUCUGCAUUUGGGCUUAGCCUUUCUUCGUCUGUUCAGACAGUCUCCGCCGGCGGCCGAUCCUCACCUGCGACCCCCAAAGCGCAUCUCCCUCCGUUGGCGCGCAGCCUUUCCUCGUCUCCACGCUCAAGAGCGCAUCAUUCCUCUUGGCCAGAGACUCUCUGCCGGCGGCCCAUCCUCGCCUGCGCCCUCCAAAGCGCAUCUCCCUCGUUGGCGCGCAGCGUUUCCCUGUCUCCGCGCUCAAGAGCGCAUCAAUCCCGUUGGCCGAUUCUCGCCUGCGCCCCCCAAAGCGCAUUCCCCAUAUUGGGCGCAGCGUCUCCGAUUGCGGCCUCUGGAGUGCAACUUCCGCGUCCCGCCGCCGUCUCCCAAAGCGCCUUUUCCACGUGCGCCCGCUCGCCGGAGACUCCGUUGGCUCCUCUCCGCCGCCACCCUGCGCGCAACUGGAGCGCAUUUCUUCUCCCGUCCGUUUUGCGCUAUGGCGAGGCUGCCGGGAGGAGCCUUUUCCAGCGCCUGCUGAGCGCCGCUCUUCGAUUCGGAUUUCCAUUCGCUUCAGGUGAACCGGCCGGCCCCACCGCUGCCCCCAUUUUGGGGGUGCUGCCCCCCACCCCGACCUCCCACCCCUCGGAAAUGCGGGGACUGCGCGACGGCGCAUGGGUUGCGCUGUGUCUCCUCCUCUGCUGCUGCUGCUGGGCGCACAGGUAGGUUGGGGGGCUCACCUGGGGGUUUUGGAGGGCAGAAACGUAGCAGGGUUCUCCCUUGGGGUUUUGGGGCGGUGGACAGGGAGUGGGGGCUCCCCUGGGGGGUGUGGGGGGCUGUCGGGUAGCGGAGGACUCACCUGUGGGUUUUUUUAGGGGGUGGACAGGCAGCAGGGCCCCCCUGGGGUUUUUGGGGGGUGGACAGGUAGUGGGGGCUCACCCGUGGGGUUUUAAGGAGGCACAGGUAGGUUAACUUUGGGGGACUCCCCUGGGGUUUGGGGGGGCCGACAAGGUAUCAGGGGGUUCACCUGUGGGGGUUUUAGUGGGCACACAGGUAGGUUAACCUGUGGGGGGGGUCACCUGGGUUUUUUUAGGGGGUGCACAGGUAGGCUAACCUGCAAGGGGCUCACUUGUGGGGGGGUUCUGGGGUCCCCUAGCUGCCCCCCCACAGAAUAGGGGAGAGACCCCUCCAAUUGCCACAAAAAGCAUGAUGCCCCCAUAUUUCAACCCCUCCAAUUUACAUGAAAUUCAUAUAAUAUAUUAUAUUGGGGUUCCCAGCUGGAAUUCAGGGGGGCAAGUUUAAAGGAGGCCGUGAGUGCAUGAAGCAUGAUGCCCAAUAUUUCAAAUGCCCCAAAUCUAUAUGAACCCCACAAUAUUUUAUUCCAGUUAGACACACCAAUAGAAUAUAUGAUGGGCCCCGCCAAGUUUAUUGGGGCACCCAAUAUCUUCUCCCAAAAUUUCAUUCCAGCUGGGAACCCCAAUAUAAUAGAUUCGGGGGCAGGUUUAAAUGAUGCCAUGUGGGACCCUCCAUGUUUUAAACCAGCUGGGCACCCCAAUAUACAAAGGACCCCAAAUGUAUAGGGUGCCAUAUGGGGUGGGGCUCAAUGGGGACCCCCCAAUAUUUUAUCUCAACUGCUUUGAGGACUAACCAUGGUCUUCUCCUGUUUUGCAGCCCCUCCACUGGCAACAUAUCCGUGGUCAAGGACAUUGUGGACAAGCUCCUCAAAGGCUAUGAUGUUCGACUGCGGCCCGAUUUUGGAGGUAAGGCAGCGUGGCCUAAAGGUUAGAGCAUGAAUCCAAUCGAUAAUAAAUCAGGUAAUCAAUAAUACGCCGGGUCAUAAAUAAAUAAAUGAUUACCUAUUAUCCACUUUUAUUAUUUUAUUAUUAAUCUAUGGUUCGGUUUUAUUUCGGAGGUAAGGCAACGCCGCCUAAAAGAGCAUAAAUCUAAUCGAUAAUAAAUUAGAUAAUUAAUCAUAAAUAAUAAGUUAGGGCAUAAAUUAAUAAAUGAGUAUUUCUUAUCCCCUUUUAUUAUCUCUUUUAAUUUUCUUAUAAUCUAUUGUUCGAUUUGCUGUUAUUCCUUAUUGACUUUUAGCCUUUAUUAUUUAUUAUCUAAAGUUAUGAUUUAUUGUUUAUAAUUUAAUUUCUUAAUUUUAUGGGGUUAUUUUUUAUGAUUAUUUUAUUAUUUCCUUUUAUUAUCUCACCUUCCCAUUGAGGAUUUGAUUUUAUGGUUUCAUCAUGUGAUCAUCUUUAACAUUUUAGCACGUCACUAAAUUAACCAAUUAUGAGUUUCAUUAGCAAUUAAUAAUUUUAUUACUUCAUUUUAAUAUAAUAAUCUAUUAUUGUAAUAUAAUAUGAUAUAAUAUAACAAUAUAACAUAAUAUAUCUGUUGCUUUGGUGUUGUUUUGUUAUUGUUAUUGUUAUUAUUUCAGGGAACCCUGUGGUGGUGGGGAUGAGCAUCCACAUCUCAAGCAUUGACCAGAUUUCUGAAGUCAACAUGGUAAGUUGGACGAACUUCCACUGGAUCCAGAUUCGAAUCCUGCUGGAAAAGAUGGAUUUCCUUCUGUCCUUCUUUCCUUCUACCCUUCUUUCUUUUUCCUCUUCUAUCCUUCUUUCCUGCUAUGCUAUCCUCCUUUCUUCCUUCUUUCCUCCUAUCCUUCUCUCCUCCAAUUUCCCCCAUCUCUCUCUUUCUUUUCUCCUCUGCCAGGACUAUACCAUAACCAUGUACUUCCAGCAGAGCUGGCGGGACAAGCGGCUUGCCUACGGCGAUCUGCCGUUCAACCUGACACUCGACAACCGAGUCGCCGACCAGCUCUGGCUCCCAGACACCUACUUUCUUAAUGACAAAAAGUCCUUCCUGCAUGGGGUCACCGUCAAGAACCGCAUGAUCCGCUUGCACCCAGAUGGCACCGUCCUCUACGGCCUGAGGUGGGCAGAUAUUAAUGAUAUUAAUCACCACUAAUCAAGAACCGAUUCGCUCCUGCCAGUUCAUUAUUGCAAAUACGGUCAAUGGGUGGUUUCGUUCUCGCCUAGUGAUCACCGCAAACUGGGUGCUAAUCAGUUUUUUAUUGUGCGUGUUGAUCAUAACAGGGCGGGGCGAUUAAUGGACGGGUCAUUAUUAAUGGACGGAUCAUGAUUAAUGAUUAUUAAUGGACAGGUCAUGAUUACUGGAUGGAUCAUGAUUAAUGACGGCUUUCUUCCAUAGUGGAAUAAAGGUAUGAGAUUCUCGGCAUGCACAACACUCAGGGAAAAUAUGUACAAAAUGAUGUACAGGUGGUACGUAACGCCCGUAAAACUGGAAAAAAUAUAUAAAACUGGUGAUAAAUUAUGCUGGAAGUGCAAGAUUAAGGAGGGCGAUUUUUAUCAUAUGUGGUGGUUGUGCGAGCCUAUUAGAAAAUUUUGGGAAUCUAUUUACAAUGAACUAAAAAAAUCUUUAAAUAUACCUUUAUAAAAGACCUGGAAGCCUUUUUGCUGGGGAUAAUUGGAGAAGAAAUCAAAAAGGAAGAUCAAACACUCUUUCAGUACGCGACAGUGGCUGCCAGAACUCUAAUAGCGCAGAAUUGGAAGACACCAAGAAUCCCAACCAUAAAUGAAUGGCAAUCGAAACUAAUCGACUAUCUAGAAUUGGCAAAAAUGACACAGAAAAUAAGAAAUCAAAAAGACACAAAGUUUAAUAAAGAUUGGAAUAAAUUCAUGGCAUACAUGGAAACAGAGGUAAAAAAAACUAAAAAACACAGUAGGUGCGAUAUAACACUUGUGAUGUAAAGAAUUUUUUUUUUGAGGAAAAAAAAUAGAAAAAUUUUAUAACACAUUCCGAAACCGAGAUGAAGGGAAGUCAGUCAGUGUUGUGUGUUAUGUAGUUAAUGUAGUUAAUUUGUUGUUGUCUUAUGUCAGGAGUAUAUAUAUAUAUAUAUAUUAUAUAUAUAUUUUUUUCUUUAUUUAGUUUUUUUUUGGUGUGAAUGUGUUGUGUUUGUCUUUUUUGUUUGUAUGGUGUUAUAAAAUAAAAUUUAUAUUUAAAAAAAAAAAAAGAUUAAUGACGGCUUUCAUCCUUGCAUAGUGAUCACGGUUAAAUAUUAUCAAUUUCAAUACAUUUUGCUAGUCCAUAAAAAUUAGCCAUCCGAUAAAUACUUACCUAUUUAUACUUAUCAAUUAAUACACAUUAAUAGUCCAUAAAAUUAACCAUCCAAUUAAUACUUAUCAAUUAAUACUUAUCAGUAGGCAAAAUUAGAGAAAUAUUUGCGAGUUCAGACAUUGGACCAGGAAUAUCAUCCAAAAAAGGGGUUGGAAAAUCCCCCCAAAAUCAAUAUAUAGCAUUCCCCGCAUCCGUCAAUCAGGGAUCCCCAUAAUGGAUCCUGGGAAUCCUCUCUCUCUCUCUCUGCAGGAUCACGACAACCGCCGCCUGUAUGAUGGAUCUCCGGAGAUACCCCCUGGAUCAGCAGAAUUGCACCCUGGAAAUUGAGAGCUGUGCGUAUCAUUCAAUUCAAUUAAAUUCAAUUAUUGCUUGUUAAUCAAGGAAUAAUUAAAAGUAUUAUCCAGGAAAAAUCAAUGAAUAAUUUUAAGGCAGGAAUAAUUUUAAGCCAGGAUUAAUUUGAAACAGGAAUAAGUAUAAAAUAAAUUAAAAUAAAAUAAUUCCUUGUUAAUCAAGGGAUAAUUAAAAUGAAUUUAACUUUAAAGCAGGAAUAAUUUUAAACCAGGUUUAUUUUAAACCAGGAGGAUUUUAAUUGGGGAAUAAUGUUAAUCCGGGAAUAAUGUUAAAACAGGAAUACUUUUCCACCAGGAUUAAUUUUAACCCAGGAUUAAUUUUAAGACGGGAAUAAUUUUAAAAUGGGAAUAAUUUUAAGACAGGAAUAAUUCUAAUCUGGGAAUUAAUUUUAACCCAGGAUUAAUUUUAAGGCAGGAAUAGUUUUCAACCAGGAAUCAUUCUCAUUAUUUCUUAUUUUCUUUCCUCCCAGAUGGCUACACUGUUGACGACAUUGUCUUCUUCUGGCAAGGAAACUCUUCGGCCGUGACGGGGAUGGAGGUCUUGGAGUUGCCCCAGUUCACCAUCAUCGAGCAGAAGCUGGUCACCCGUGAGGUGGUCUUCACCACUGGUGGGUUGCCCUGUCGGGUCAUCUAGUCUAACCCCCUGCCUGAAAUCCUGGGGUUGUCAGACACAGGGUGGGAGACCACAGUCCUCCAGUCCACCCUUUGCUGAAGAUACCAGAGAUGUCCUCACCGAUUCAUCUGGAUCCUGGGGUCCCGUCCGGCUUGACCAUCUCCUCUUUCUCCAACAGGCUCCUACCUCCGCCUGUCGCUCAGCUUCCGCAUCAAGAGGAACAUCGGCUACUUCAUCCUGCAGACCUAUAUGCCCUCCAUCCUCAUCACCAUCCUCUCCUGGGUCUCCUUCUGGAUCAACUACGAUGCUUCAGCCGCCCGGGUGGCCCUAGGUGAGGAGAUCCUGAGAUCUUGCUCCGGGGUCCUGCUACCAAGGGUCCAUGUGAUUCUCCCUAAAGGCAGAACCUGACCUUUGUCUCUCUUGAAACAUAUUGGGUUGGACUCAGGUGAGUAUGAGGUCCACCAAGACCCUGAGAACUUUCUCCUAUGUCCUGCUAGCAAGUUGGUGGUCCACCAAGACCCUGAGUCCAUCGGGGUCCAUGUGAUCCUCCCUAAAUGCAGGACCCUCUUGACAUUCAUUGAGUUGGAUUCAGGUGAAGUUGGAGGACCACCAAGCCGCUGAGAACCUUCUCCCAUAUCCUGGUAGCAAGCUGGUGAUCCACCAAGACCCUGAGGUCCACCAUCCUUCUAUUGGUCCAUCUGAUUUUCCUUAAAGGCAGGACCUGACCUUGAUCCCAUUUGGUGAAGUGGUGCCCAGUUCUCCAACCCAUCAAGGUCAUAUGGAAUCCAGAUUCAAUAUGAAAUCAUUGGAUUUCCAUGGAUGUUUUUAUAUAUUCAUCUUCAGUCACGCUUGACUUCCAGUAUGAAAAGGUUUGAUUUCACUAGGCGUUUCUAUAUAUCCGUCUUCAAUCAUGACAUCGAUUGAUUUCAGAGUAUGAAAACGUUUGAUUUCAAUAUAUCAGUCCCAUCUUUGGGUAUUAUAAAAAUAUUUCGAUUGUUGAUCGUGACGGAGGUUUGAAUUAUGGUGCCUUCCCUGCGCUAUAAUUCUCGGCCACCCAACUAACCCUGUUUCUUCUCCCACCCGCCGCGGCACCCAGGGGUGACGACCGUCCUCACCAUGACGACCAUCAACACCCACCUCCGGGAGACGCUGCCCAAGAUCCCAUACGUCAAGGCGAUUGAUGUCUACCUGAUGGGCUGCUUCGUCUUCGUCUUCCUGGCGCUGCUGGAAUAUGCCCUGGUGAACUACAUUUUCUUUGGGCGAGGGCCCCGCCAGCAGAAGAGACGCGCCCGGCGCCUGGAGCCCCGGACUCAGGUGCGAGAUUCCUGCCUAAAAAGUGGGUGGGGAUGGGUGAACCUCAGGGUCCUGUAUUUGAGGCCGAGAUCCCCGUGGGUUGGGGUAGAUGACCCUGAGCUCCCUUCUCUCCUUCCAGCCCGACCCAUACGGCAACCUCCUCCUAGCCGGCGUCUCCGACAGCAACUGCCCGCUCUUCUCCACGUCGCCCUCGCCAGACCCGCGCACCUGUGGCCUGCGUGGGUUCGAAUCUUCAGGCACCGCCCUACACUCCCGGAAGGCACCCGCCUGCCGCACCGCCCGGGCCAACUGCCGCCUGCGCCGGAGGUCCUCCAAGCUGAAGCUGAAGAUCCCCGACCUGGCCGACGUCAGCACCAUUGACAAGUGGUCCCGGGUUCUAUUCCCCAUCACCUUCGGCUUCUUCAACCUUCUCUACUGGUUGUACUAUGUCAACUGACGUCCAACAGGGAGAGCUCCAGGCGCCGGGUUCAGGUUCUGCCCCCACUCCUACCCCAGCCUUGCCUCUUCUCCGCUUCCCAUUUGUUCUGUCCCCUCACAGUCCCUUCUUCUUCCCUUAAGAGUCACUUCCUGUACACUCUCAGGCACUUCCUGUUCCCUUACAGGCCCCUCUCACCACCCCUUCCUGUUUUUGAACAGCCCCUUCCGGUUUUACCCUUGUCCCUUACUGUUCCCUUCAAUUCACUUCCUCUUUGCUCUCAGGCACUUCCAGUUCCCUCACAGUCCCCUUUACUCUCCCUCAGAGUACCUUCCUGUUCUCUCACAGCCACUUCUGUUCCCUCUCAGGGACUUCCUGUUUCCUCAUUGACCCUUUCAUCUCCUUCACAGUCCCUUCUUAUUCUCUCUGAGUCCCUUCCUGUUCCCUUAAAGUCCCUUUCAUUUCUCCCUCACAGCUACUUCCUGUUCCCUCUCAGGGACUUCCUGUUCUCUCACAGUCCCUGCUUAUUCUCUCUCAGUCCCUUCCUGUUCUCUUAAAAGUUCCUUCCUGUUCCCUCACAGCGCCUUUCUGUCCCUUCCCCUCUCCUUCCCUCCCCACUUCCUGUCCCCUUGCAGCCACUUCCUGUCCCCAAACCAGCCAUGGAGAACCCACCGUUUCGAGUAACGGGAAACGAGGAACAAGCCACGCCUCCCAACUUCCAGUACUUUCUCUUCCUCCUCCUCCUUGGACCGGCUGGGCUUCCUUCCCUCCGGCCACUUCCCUUCCGUUGCUUCUGCCAUUACAGGUUCCGGUGGACGGACUUUUCCGGAACCGACUUGAACCGAGUUUACAGUUUUCUACCUAGCGACCGACCGACCAAUUGGAUCUCUCCAUUCUCACAUUUUGGGUUUUCCCCCCCUUGUUGUUCUGGGAGGGAUUUGGGGAAAGUGCUCCUGAGCGUGUGCAGAGUUCCUUUCCCCCCCUAAGCAAUGUACAUGAACCUUAAAAAAACACAUUUUGGAAACUGUUCGAUAUCCGUCGGUUGGGAAUCUUUCUCGUCUUUUUUUUUCCCUUAUAAAAUCGGGAGAAUUUCACUUUAAAUAUACGGCCUUGGAAGAAAAACAACAACCGGUGUCUGUUUCUUUCCUUUCAAAAACG